AUGGCAAGACGAACCUCAUCAUCAUUCAUGAAACAUACAUUUCAGUUUCUUCUUUCUUUCUUCCUCUUAUUACUAAAGCAAACAAAUUCUCAGUCUGACUCUCUAGUACAUGAUCAUGAACAAAAAGUACUAUUAAACAUAAAACAAUAUCUUCAAAACACUUCUUUCCUUAACCACUGGACACCAUCAUCAAAUUCCGAUCAUUGUUCUUGGAAAGAAAUCAUUUGCACAAAUGGUUUUGUCACUGGAAUAACUCUAUCCCAAAUCAACAUCACGAAAACUAUACCACCCUUUAUUUGUAACCAACUAAAAAACCUUACACAUGUUGAUUUCAGCUUCAACUUUAUCCCCGGUGAUUUUCCAACACUAUUUUAUAAUUGUUCAAACCUUGUUUACUUAGACCUUUCCAUGAACAACUUUGAUGGUAUCAUUCCUAAUGAUAUUGGAAAUUUGAGUUCUAACUUGCAAUAUCUUAGUCUUGGUUCAACAAACUUUCAUGGUGGUGUUCCUGAUGGGAUUGGAAAGUUAAAGGAACUGAGAGAACUUAGAAUUCAAUAUUGUUUAUUGAAUGGUACUGUCAGUGAUGAGAUUGGUGAAUUGUUGAAUCUUGAGUAUUUCGAUUUGUCAUCCAAUGCUGUGUUUCCUCCAUGGAGAUUGCCUUUGAGUUUGACCAAGUUGAAAAACUUGAAGGUUUUUUAUGUUUAUGGCUCUAACUUGUUUGGUCAAAUACCUGAAAGAAUCGGAGAUAUGGUUUCUUUGGAGAAAUUGGAUAUGUCUAAUAAUGGCUUAACCGGAGACAUUCCUAGUGGUGUGUUCAUGUUGAAGAAUCUGAGCAUACUUUAUCUUUACAAAAACAAACUCUCUGGUGAAAUACCUAGUUUUCUUGAAGCAUUGAACUUGACUAGCCUUGAUCUUGCAGAGAAUAACCUUGUUGGGAAGAUACCUGAAGAUUUUGGAAAGCUUCAAAAGUUAACAUGGUUGAGUCUGUCUCUCAAUAACUUAUCAGGGGAAAUACCAGAAACUGUAGGUCUUCUUCCUUCUCUGGUCGAUUUUCGUGUUUUUUCAAACAAGUUAUCAGGUACUAUUCCUCCUGAACUCGGUCGAUAUUCAAAGCUCAAAACCUUUCUGGUUUCUUCUAAUAGUCUUAUUGGAAAGUUGCCUGAGAAUUUAUGUUACUAUGGCGAGUUACUCAACUUGACAGUUUAUCAAAAUAAUCUCAGCGGCGAGUUACCGAAGUCACUAGGAAAUUGUCAUAGCUUGCUGGAUUUGAAAAUUCAUAAUAAUGAGUUUUCUGGUGCUAUUCCUAGUGGUCUUUGGACAUCUUUCAAUCUUUCGAAUUUCAUGGUAAGCAACAAUAAGUUCACUGGUGUGAUACCAGAAAGAUUAUCGUCGAAUGUUUCGCGGUUCGAGAUAGGUAACAAUCAGUUUUCUGGUAGAAUUCCAACCGGAGUAUCUUCAUGGACUAAUGUGAUAGUUUUUGAUGCAAGUAACAACUUGUUAAAUGGAACUAUUCCACAAGAGAUAACAUCUCUUCCGAAAUUAACAACUCUUUUGCUUGAUCAGAAUCAGUUCAAUGGUCCAAUUCCAUCAGAUAUAAUAUCAUGGAAGUCCUUAGUAACCUUAAAUUUGAGCCGAAACCAACUCUCGGGACAAAUUCCAGAUACAAUUGGAAAAUUACCUGUCCUUAGUCAACUUGAUUUGUCAGAAAAUGAGUUUUCUGGCAAAGUUCCUUCUCAACUUCCUAGACUCACCAAUCUCAACCUGUCAUCUAAUCAUUUAACAGGAAGGAUUCCAAGUGAAUUUCAAAAUUCGGGUUUUGCUAGAAGCUUUUUGGCCAAUUCUGGUCUUUGUGCUGAUACAUCAAUACUCAACAUAACUUUGUGCAAUUCUGGUUUUCGAAGUGAACGCAAAGUAUCAUCAUGGUCUAUUGGUUUGAUUGUAAUCCUAGUCAUAGUAGCAAUCUUAUUGGCUUUUAGUGCUUCUUUCUUGAUUAUCAAUGUUUUCAAGAAAAGAAAGCAAGAUUUGGAUAAUUCAUGGAAGUGA